UAAGAAAUAUAAAAGUAGAAAUGAAAUUAGUUUAGACUGUAAAACGUGAUUUGGUUAGUGGUUAGCGUAACGUCUCUCCAAAGAUACCAAACCCUUGUUUCUCUCUCUAGAUGGUACCACACACUACUUGUGUAUAGUGUAAAUCAAUCACCCCCCUCUCUCUCUCUCUCUCUCCUUCUUCGCCGGCGAAGAACAACUGUUCCGUUUGUUCAGGAUCUCAUCUCAUCAGGAAAUGCGGGAUAAUCACUAGUUACUACUCACUGACUGACUAAUUCAUUGCCAUGUACUUUGAAACGUUUGAUGAAAUCUGCUUAGGUUACGAAUAAAUUUGCGAGGUUUCAGGUUUUACUCGCUUUAUUAGAGAAGACAAUGUGACUGAAAGGAUUUAUCAUUCGUCUCUGUGCUGUGCUCACUCAGUGUAAUGAUGGCGGCAGCUGUCUCUGGACCAGCUGUAUCAUCUGAUCACCGAAACAACAAAACAACUUCUCAGGGUGAGGCACAUAGACGGCCUCCAUUGUUGCCAUCAGAGAGAGAUAAUGCAGUUUCUGGACUUAAAAGACCAAAAUCAAGGCAAGUUCCUUCAAGAUACAUGUCUCCUUCUCCAUCAACCUCAACCUCAACCACUUCCAAUUUCUCUGCUUCUUCUACUCCCAGGAGAUGUGCAUCUCCUUUAGUUUCCAGAAAUUCGACACCGUCACUGUCGACCGCCACACCUUCGUCGGGAACUAAAAGGUCUGUAUCUGUGGACCGGCGGAGGUCGUUACCUACUCGUCCUUUAACGCCGGAUCUUGAAUCGAAGCUUGGUAAUGCUGGUGAAGUUUCAUCUGCUAGAAGACUGCUCGUUACUUCAACACGAAGCUUGUCUGUUUCGUUUCAAGGUGAAUCGUUUUCGCUUCCGAUUAGUAAGACAAAGGUUACUCCGCCGUCGCCGAAUUUGAAUAGCGUGAGAAAGUGUACGCCGGAGAGGAGAAGAUCCACCACGCCUUUAAAAGGGAAGGUUGAUGGAGCUGCAGAUCAGGUUGAUAACUCGAAGCCAAUUGAUCAGCACAGAUGGCCGGCUAGGACCAGACAACCUAAUUUUUUAGGUAGGAGCUUGGAUUGUACUGACGACAGGAAGAAACUCUUUUCACCUGUGCAGCAAUCAAUGAUUGAUGAGACGAGACGAACAUCAUUUGACGGUAGAUUAAAUCAUGAUUAUACACAGAAAACAAGAAAUCAAGCCCUAGAAGGAAAUUCCAUUAAUGAGGUAGCUUUGCCUUCAGAUCUCACUGCCUCUGAUUCAGAUAGUGUUUCUUCUGGUAGUAACUCAGGGCAACAAGACAAUUAUGUUGGAACAGCCCGUCUCCAAAAUGGGCCAGCAGGAAUAGCGGUUUCAGCUAGGUUUUGGCAGGAGACAAAUAGCCGGAUGAGAAGGCUUCAGGAUCCUGGUUCACCAUUAUCAACAAGUCCCAUGGCCAAAACUACAGCCACUUCAAAGUUUGGUUCAAUGUCUUCUCAAAGAACUAUCUCAUCUCCUCUUAGAGGAGGUGUUAGGCCUGCUUCACCUAGUAGAACUGUAUCAUCCUCACCAUUGAGGAGGCUUGCCAGUCCUUCUCGGGUGAGGAAUUCAGUUGGUGAAAUUAUCGGUAGUAAUUUGAAUGAGACACCUUCUGUUCUAAGCUUUGCAGUUGAUGUUCGACGAGGAAAAGUGGGGGAAAAUCGUAUUUUUGAUGCGCAUCUGUUAAGGCUUUUGUAUAAUCGGGACAUGCAAUGGCGGUUUGUAAAUGCUAGGACCGAAGCAGCAUUGUUGGCGCAGAAACGUAGUGUGGAGAAGAAUCUAUGGAAUGCAUGGAUAACAAUCUCAGAUCUGCGAGAUUCUGUCACCAAAAAAAGGCAUCGGUUAAAGUUAUUAAGGCAGAAAUUGAAGCUGGCAUCAAUUCUCAAAGGACAGAUGAAGUGUUUGGAAGAAUGGGCGUCAUUAGAUAAACACCACUCGGUCUCCUUGUUUGGAGCUAUAGAAGCUUUGGAGGCUAGCACUCUCCGCCUUCCAGUUGUUGGAGCACUUGCUGAUGUCCAAAGUAUAAAAGACGCUAUCAAUUCAGCAGGUGAUGUAAUGCAGGCAAUGUCAUCCUCAAUUUACUCUCUUCUCUUGAAGGUUGAGGAGAUGAAUUGUUUAGUGGGUGAGCUAACGGGUGUGAUCUCAAAAGGUCAAGCUCAACUCGAACGAUGCAAAGACUUCCUGUCUGCAUUGUCCGCCAUGCAGGUUAUGGACUGCAGUUUAACAACACACUUAUUGCAACUUAACCGAGUAACAACAGCCUGACUCUCUGAUGAUCAUCAAUUUGACGAGACUCCGUUAAAAAAAAGAAGCUAACUUCAUACAUUAACAACCAGGCUAUCUAUGGAGGUAAUAAUAAUAUAAUGCUUAGACUGAAGUGCUAGUUUUUUUAGUCUAUUUUGGCUGGCUGCUGCUGCUGCUGCUGCUUAUUGAGUUUUUGUUCCAUUUUCCACCUUUUUUUCUUGGGGGGUGGAAAAUGGAAAUAGUCUUUAAUGAUUAAAAGCCUGGCUUUGUUCUUCAUCUAUAUGUAUGGAGAGAGGCAUACUAUAUGUGUAUAUGUAUAUAUAAAACAGUUAUACUGCUUAACUGGUUGAGGUUGUAAGUGGUUCGGUCACCAAACUAUUGGUUGGUUCGGUUAGGAGAUUGGUUCGAUCUUUAACUAUUGGACCAAAUAUGUAGCUAAAUCAAACAAAUCUACUAAUAUCUUAUUCCACUAGAUGAAGAUCCUUGUUAUUGUUUAACAGAAUCAA